AUGCUUGCAGACGAUGCAAGGAUGAGCGUAGAGCGGACUGCGCUGCUUACUAUCCGCUGGUCUUUGGAUUUCCUCAAGAAGAAGCGAAGCAUCAGCAUAAUGCAAGCUGUUCUAUUCAAGAUCGCCUUCUGGGAUGGCCCCGAAUGGCUUCAACUUGUCUUUGUGGCGCUCAUGAACACGACUAAAGUUGCCACCUUUCUGAUCGGCAGUUUGCUGGGUUGCCUUCUUAGGAAUGCUGCGGCUGUCCCUGUAAAGGAGGCUAUUCAACUAUUCUCUGAAGACAGAGAUUUGCUGUCUGGCUUCGUCGCUGGCUGUGCAGCUGCAACCGCAAACAAUCCGUUUGAUGUGGUCAAAACUCGACAACAGGUGGUUGCCGCCAGCGCCUUAUCCAGCCAUGCUGCCGGCAAGGAAUUUGCGGCUGGGCCCACCUCCCUGCCGGCUGUUCUCUCCGAACUGGUUCGGCGGGAUGGGCUCUUGGGCCUCUACAAGGGCUACGUGGCCAAGGAGAACACGAUUUUGCCUUCAGGUGAUGAGCCUCUUCUGACCUUGCUGCAGGGCGCUUGCCAGCGGUCGUACGCAGGGGAGGAGGGGAUUCCUUAUCAAAUCACCCAUGCUACCUUCAAAGCUGCCCUCUAUCCUGAUUCCAACGAGGUUCAGGCGGCUGUUGCUAGUCGAUGCCCUGCUGGUAUGGCCAAGCCCAGCGACGAGGCAAUUGAGGGGUCCGCUCAGGACCAGCGGACCGCCUGCAACCAGGCAACCAUUGAUCACCAGAACUUGAGGCAUCACCAGGACAACAUGCCUAUCAUUCUGCAGCUGACACGAUACCCCCACCCCAAGAUCUGCGACCAGAACGAGCUCCAAUGGCGAGAUGCAGAUGCCGCUGUCCAGGAUGUGGCAGAUGUGGAUGUGGCCUUGGCAGUGUCAGCGAUCCGGUGGACGAACGUCAUGGAGGAGCUGCUUGUGGAUGCUCCUGGAGCCACCACUUUGCUCUCCGAACUCAGCAGCCGUACGCGCGGCGGACAGCAGGUGCCCGGUGUAGAGACCCUUGGAGACAUGCAUCCCAAGAUUGCGGAGAUGAUGCGAGACGGAAGUCCCGCUCUGCUCUCCAUGCCCACCCUCCGGACGGCCUAUGCCAAGUUCACCUGCGCCUUGUGCGGUCUUUGCAGCUCGCGCGUCAAUCUCGACCUUCCCCCGAGUGAGUACGGCCUCUUCGACGCAUGCAUGGAGACCUGCGCUGGGCGCGGGCAGCGGGUCGCGAAAGCCUUGGCGGCGGUGAAGCGGUGUGAGGAGGUGGGUGAUCUGGCAGGCUUAGACUUGGCGUGUGGGCAGGCCAUAGCCUUGGAUCCCACACUUCCGGAACCGUUCCUGGCCCGAGGGGGCUGCCGACUUCGUCAGAGCCGGCGCCGCGAAGCCCAGGAAUACCUCAAGGUGUACCUGGUCUGGUCUUCACAGCGCGGGUUCCACGCGGAGAACCACUCGAGGGCCUACUGGCGGUUGGCCGAGUGUUUCCUGACGGAGCUGGAACAGCGGAAUGCGCUGCAGGGCGCCCUCCUGGAAGAUCGGACCUUCCAUGCUCUGGUGGACAGCACUGAGGUGAGUCUGGAGCUCUCCUUCCGGUAUGAUGACGACAGGACUGGCCUUGCAACCUCGUCCGCAGCACGGCACCUCCUCCAACGGCUUGAGGUCACACGGAGCGCACGAAGGAGCGCCGCCGAGUUCUUAGACGCGCCCGUGGUGUCCCACGUGGGUGCGGGUCGACAGCCUCACGACAGCUACUCCGUUCCUUGGCCAAUGGAUCUGACGGCCGGCAUCCCUGAUCUUGCGCUCUUCAGCCGCAUGCCCACGACGGGGUCGUCACAGAGCCACCGUCCGCUGGAGCUGCUUUUCCUGGGCUCGCGCACCGUCCUCGACAUCAUGGCCACUCUCUCCAACCUCGCCGCGCGCUCCACGUCCUUCGCGCACCUGAACGCGGAGUGCCUCCACUGGAAGUACAGGCCGAAGCCCGUGCACAUUCACCUCCACACCAAUGACAUCGCACGGCUCGGACAAGCCCUACUGUGCUUUAUGAUCAUGAAGCAGAUGGGCGAGCAGGCGACCACUUGCUUCACUUCACUGCCACCUCAAAGCCCUCUGAAACCUUUAGAGUUCCCUACAAGCCCACCGCCCCACCCCUGCCUAAAACCCUAA